AAAAAAAGCGAUGAGUUCGCCAAAUACAUGGAGCAUUGGGAGCACAGUCUACUCUCCUGUAUUUUCACAGAAAAUGACGCUGUGGAUUCUGCUUCUGCUAUCGCUCUACCCGGGCUUCACUAGCCAAAAAUCAGAUGAUGACUAUGAAGAUUAUGCUUCUAAUAAAACAUGGGUGUUGACUCCAAAAGUUCCUGAGGGUGAUGUCACUGUCAUCUUAAACAACCUACUGGAAGGGUAUGACAAUAAACUUCGACCUGAUAUAGGAGUGAAACCAACAUUAAUUCACACAGAUAUGUAUGUGAACAGCAUUGGCCCCGUGAAUGCUAUCAAUAUGGAAUAUACAAUUGAUAUUUUUUUUGCCCAAACCUGGUAUGACAGACGUUUGAAAUUUAACAGUACCAUUAAAGUUCUCCGGUUGAAUAGCAAUAUGGUGGGAAAAAUCUGGAUUCCAGACACUUUCUUCAGGAACUCCAAAAAGGCUGAUGCUCAUUGGAUCACCACUCCCAACAGGAUGCUGCGAAUCUGGAAUGAUGGUCGAGUUCUCUAUACCUUAAGGCUGACAAUUGAUGCUGAGUGCCAGUUGCAGUUACACAACUUCCCAAUGGAUGAACACUCCUGCCCCCUGGAGUUCUCCAGUUAUGGUUAUCCACGUGAAGAAAUUGUUUAUCAAUGGAAGCGCAGUUCUGUUGAAGUAGGAGAUACAAGAUCUUGGAGGCUGUAUCAGUUUUCAUUUGUUGGAUUGAGGAAUACCACUGAAGUAGUGAAGACAACUUCUGGUGACUAUGUGGUUAUGUCUGUAUAUUUUGAUCUGAGCAGAAGAAUGGGGUAUUUUACUAUCCAGACCUACAUCCCCUGUACACUUAUUGUGGUCCUAUCCUGGGUGUCCUUCUGGAUCAAUAAGGAUGCUGUACCUGCCAGAACAUCUUUAGGUAUCACCACUGUCCUGACUAUGACUACUCUCAGCACCAUAGCACGGAAAUCUCUGCCCAAGGUCUCUUAUGUCACAGCAAUGGAUCUCUUUGUAUCUGUUUGCUUCAUCUUUGUGUUUUCUGCUCUGGUGGAGUAUGGCACCCUGCAUUAUUUUGUCAGCAAUCGGAAACCAAGCAAGGACAAAGACAAAAAGAAGAAAAACCCUCUUCUUCGGAUGUUUUCCUUCAAGGCCCCUACCAUUGAUAUCCGUCCCAGAUCAGCAACCAUCCAAAUGAACAAUGCCACACACCUUCAAGAGAGAGAUGAAGAAUAUGGCUACGAGUGUCUGGAUGGCAAGGACUGUGCCAGUUUUUUCUGCUGUUUUGAAGAUUGCCGAACAGGAGCCUGGAGACAUGGAAGGAUACAUAUUCGCAUUGCCAAAAUGGACUCCUAUGCUCGGAUUUUCUUCCCCACAGCCUUCUGUUUGUUCAACCUGGUUUACUGGGUCUCUUACCUUUAUCUGUGAAGAGGUAUGGGUUUCACUGAUAGGGGUCUUAUUAGAUCAAUCUCAUGAAAGAAAAUGUCCU